GCAAUUAGCUCCGUGCAAUAACAAACCCUAGCGGCAAAUCUAUUGCCUGAAUGAAUCGUGGCCGCUGGCUCCUCGAUUCGACGGUUGAGAUCUUCCUGCAGCUCAGCUUAUCAGGCUCCGACCGGGCUUGUGUGCUCGUUCACCCUCUGCUCCAUCUCAUGCGCUCUCUAUUGCUCAGCUCUAUCUCGUUCUCCGUUAUUUCUACUUGUCGUCCAGCGGCCUCAAGCACGUAAAUGGCGAAAGCAAUCGACGAUCAUCGAUUGUCUCGAGCUUAGAACUAAAAAGCUUGCGGCUUUAGUUUUACCUGAUAGAACCAAAUACGCCGCUAGCUAUCUUUUUUUUUUUGCUUGAAUGGCCGGCACCGAAGUUUUGGAUUUAGGGUUUUGAUGGGGAUUUAAUUGAUGCCAUGUAUUUCAAACAAAAAUUUCCAAUCUUUGGGAAUUUCGAUAGUUGUUUGCAUGCUCAGAGCUUCUCAAGCUGUUAGCUUUAUAUCAUUUAUAAGGUUGCUUUUUUGAAGUUAUUCAUCUUCUUAUUUUCUUUUGUAACUGAGAGCACAGUGAAUAUGCUUUCUGAAAUGGGGGUGAGGGCGAUGAUCGGUAGCGGUGGGGAGGGUUUUAGCGGCGAAGACCUUGGUAGGGAGCUGGGUCUUCUGCUGCGGGAGCAACGUAGGCAGGAGGCAAGCGAUCGUGAGAGGGAGCUCAAUAUCUACCGGAGCGGCUCCGCACCGCCUACCGUAGAGGGCUCAUUGACGGCCAUGGGAGGGCUGUUUGGUGUUGACGCUGCUCGCGGUAGUGGGAUCGCGGAGGAGGAUCUCCUGUCUGAUCCGGCCUAUGUCUCAUACUACUACUCAAAUGUAAACCUGAACCCGCGGCUGCCGCCUCCUGUGCUAUCGAAGGAGGACUGGAGGUCUGCAAGGAGGAUCCAGGCUGGGAGCUCCGGACUGGGAGGGAUUGGAGAUAGGAGGAACCUGGCUAGGAUGGAAGAAGGGUGGAACAGAUCAUUGUUCUCCUUGCAGCCAGGUUUUGGUGCGAAGGAGGAUGGGGAGGAGCACAAGCCUGCACAAGGAUCCAGUGAGUGGUUGGAUAAUGGAGGAGAUGGGCUGAUUGGCUUGCCAGGUCUGUCUCUGGGCCGGCAGAAGAGCUUUGCUGAUCUUUUUCAGGAUGAUCAGACUCAAAGGGUAUCUGUGUCAGGCCAUCCAUCUCGUCCUGCAAGUCGGAAUGCAUUUGAUGAUUGUGUGGAGCCGUUAAGGUCUGGUGAAGUUCAUCUUCUUGAUGGCCUUAGAACCGGCAACAGUGGUCAAAAUGUCGUGGGUUCUCAAAACAAUGCUGCAUCAGCAUCCCCUACUUUUGCCUCUGUCGUGGGGUCAUCCCUUUCAAGAAGCAACACACCUGAUCCUCAACUGGCAGCAAGGGCUCCUAGUCCUCGGCUUCCUCCUGUAGGUGUAAAGAUAGUAAAUAGUGAUAAGAAAAUCAGCAAUAGCUCGAGCUCUUUAGAUAGGAUGACAUCUCCUUUAGUUGAUUCCGAUGAUCUCAUAUCUGCUUUAUCAAGCAUGAAUAUUUCAAAUGCUGCAUCAAUAGAUGAAAAUAGGCAGUCCAGUAUGCAAAAGGAAACUGAUGAUCAUCAGAGGUUUCUCUUUGAUUUGCAAGGUGGACAAAACAAUAUUAAACCACCUCUUAUGCAAUACUCUGACCCUGAACAAUUAAAUGGGUCUUCUGUUCGCCAAUCAACCAAGAAUUCAUUUCCUGGUAUUGCUAGAAAGUCUACCAGCCUUGCUGAUUUUAAUAAUGCCAUCUCAAGAUCUACUCAGUAUGUUGAAAUGCAGAAGACUCCUCGUCAAUCUAAUAACUCAUAUAUGAAGGGAACUUCUUCGAACGUUCGAAGUCCAGGAGGCUCUCCUGUUCACUAUUCAAGAAACCCAGAUGGUAGUGCCAAUACUUCAUUUACAACCUAUGGGCUCAAUGGAUAUUCAGUCAAUUCAUUACCUUCAAUGAUGUCCAAUCAUGUUGGUUCGAGUAAUUUACCACCUUUGUUUGAAAGUGCAGCUGUGGCAUCUGGACUUGGAUCACCGGCUCUAGAUGCUGUGGUUCUUGGAGGGGGUUUUUCUUCAGCAUCAAAUAUGAGUGGAUCAGCAGAUUUGCAAACUCUUAAUAAAAUUGGGAGUCAAACUGCAGCUUCUGCUCUUCAGAUGCCCCUUCUUGAUCCACUUUAUAUUCAGUACUUAAAUGCAGCACAAGCUGCAACUAAUUAUAAUGAUCCUUCGUUGGAGAGGGGCUUUAUGGGCAAUUCUUAUGCAGAUUCACUUGGCAUCCAGAAAGCAUAUCUUGGUGCAUUGCUUCAACAACAGAAACAGUUUGGAAUGCCAUUUCUUGGUAAGUCUAGCUAUUAUGGCAGUCCUUUUGGUCUUGGUAUGUCGUAUCAGGGAAGUCCUUUGGCAAGCCCUGUUCUCCCAGCUUCUCCUGUUGGAUCUGGUAGCCCUUUGAGGCAUGGUGAGCGCAAUAUGCAUCUUCCUUCUGGCAUGAGAAACCUGGUGGGUGGUGUCAUGGGUUCUUGGCAUUUAGAUGGUGGUGGCAACAUCCAUGAUGGCUUUGCAUCCUCACUUUUGGAGGAGUUUAAGAACAACAAGACCAAGUGUUAUGAGCUUUCUGAUAUUGCUGGUCAUGUAGUUGAGUUCAGUGCUGACCAGUACGGGAGCAGAUUCAUACAACAGAAACUUGAAACUGCUUCAGCUAAAGAGAAGGACAUGGUUUUUGAUGAAAUCAUGCCCCAUGCAUUUUCUUUAAUGACUGAUGUGUUUGGAAAUUAUGUGGUCCAGAAGUUUUUUGAACAUGGAUCUUCUGCUCAGAGAAGUGAGCUGGCAGAUCAGCUUACAGGGCAUGUAUUGACUCUCAGUCUUCAGAUGUAUGGCUGUCGAGUUAUUCAAAAGGCAAUAGAAGUUGUUGAUUUGGAUCAACAGACUAAAAUGGUUAAAGAGCUCGAUGGCCAUAUAAUGAGAUGUGUGCGUGAUCAAAAUGGGAACCACGUUAUUCAAAAAUGUAUAGAGUGCAUUCCACAAGAUGCAAUUCAGUUUAUUGUUUCAACUUUUUAUGAUCAAGUGGUGACAUUAUCCACCCAUCCAUAUGGUUGUCGUGUCAUACAGAGAGUAUUGGAGCACUGUGAUGAUCCUAAAACACAACAGAUCAUGAUGGAUGAGAUUCUAGAUAGUGUGUGCAUGCUGGCGCAAGAUCAGUAUGGCAAUUAUGUUGUUCAGCAUGUCCUGGAGCAUGGCAAGCCUCAUGAGCGGUCAGCUAUAAUUCAAAAGUUAGCUGGUCAAAUAGUUCAAAUGAGCCAACAGAAGUUUGCUUCAAAUGUUGUUGAGAAGUGCUUAACCUUUGGUGGUCCAGAGGAACGACAGUUCUUGGUCAAUGAGAUGCUUGGUUCUACUGAUGAAAAUGAACCUCUCCAGGCCAUGAUGAAAGAUCAAUUUGCAAACUAUGUUGUUCAGAAAGUGUUGGAGACCUGUGAUGAUCAGCAACGGGAACUGAUCCUUUCGCGUAUUAAGGUCCAUCUGAAUGCGCUGAAAAAAUACACUUAUGGGAAGCACAUAGUUGCACGUGUAGAGAAGCUGGUUGCGGCCGGAGAGAGGAGGAUUGGACUUCAGCCAUCUUACACGUAAAGGUUUAAGGAAGUUGUACAGCUAACUGAGGCUUAGUUUGAGCUCCCUCUUUCGUCUUUCUGUUUAGGCUGUUGCAAUUUGAUUGCAAAUAAAUUACUUGUCUGUACUUAAAACUGUAAAUUUCUGUAGUUUGAGGUUAUAUUAUAGUAGAUCUUAAGGAAAGCUGAGGUCGAGACUAUCUUAGCAGAGAUAUGUGUACAAGUUGUUUGUUUGUGGAUGUAAAGAUGAGUUGCAGGAAGAAGAAUGUAGUAGAGAGAAAAAUGUCUAGAGUGACUGUAAAAAUGCCGCCAUGUGGAGAGAAGUUGAGUUUAGGCGAGGCUGGAAUUUUCCUUUUUAACUUUGGCUUUUAUUUAUUUCAUAGACAGUUCUCUUCUUCUUUAGAAUGUUCUGUAAUGCUAUAUUCUAUUUCUUCA